AAACACACUGAGAGAGUCAUGAAAAAGAUUUAUAUUGGCAAAACUGCCCUGAAAGCGCAGAGAAAUGGUAGUAAACAUCAGAAGAGGAGCUCAGCUUCAGUCUCAGCGCAGGAGCAGAAGGAGGAUCUGCGCAGGCGUCUCUGCUGCUCCACACAGAAGCUCCAGCAGCUGCAGAGAGAGUUUGAGUCCACACGAGUCUACCUGGAGGCGGAGCUGAGGAGAGCACAGGACCAGCUGGACACCUUCACGGAGAAACUGCGCAGGAUUCAGAGCAGUUACGCGGCACUGCAGAGAAUAAAUCAGGACAUGGAGGAGAAAAUACACCGAAUGACUCAGCGUUAUGAGGAUGAGAAGAGAUCUCUGAAUGGAGAAAUCCUGACUCUGAACAGCCGACUGAUGGAGGCCAAGAUCACCAUCCAGAAGCUGCGUGAAGAUAACGAUCUGUACAGGAAAGACUGUAAUCUGGCUGCGCAACUGCUGCAGUGUGGGAAAUCACCCUACAGAGCGCACAAACUGUCUGAGCUUCCGGCUGAUCUUCAGAAGCGUGUAAGCUCCCACAUGGAGAAGCAGCGUUCAGGACGGAGCGGAGCGUUGCGUCAGUCCUACACAGAUGCCGUUCCCACCGCCGUCAUCGGCCGGAUACUGGAGAAACCGGAGCCUGGGAGAAGCUGUCCGGUCACCCGCUCCCCGAGUCCACAGAUCCAGGAGUUCCCUGAUAAAGCUCAGCGGCGAACAGCGUAUAAAUCCUCUGACCUGUACUGCAGCGAUACUGCGCUGUACUGUCCUGAGGAGCGGAGGCACGAGCGCUGGACGGAGCGCCGGCAGAGCGCAGACCACAGUGCAGAGACCAACGCAAACACACAAAACAAUCCCGAAGAUCAUCAGCGUCUCCAUGCGUUCAUGCUCCAGGCCUCCGGAUGCUACGACUCGCCCCGAGCGCUCUCCACAUCUCAGCAGACUCUACACACACACUGGCACGAUGGAGACCCCGAGGACCGCCCGACGUUCCUCAAAUCCAGCAGCUUCCAGAAUGGAGAUCGGAGAUCCACUCCUCAAGAGGGCGCUCUUCGUAGUGUUCACCCGAUAGAAGGAUGGAUGAGCAUGGAGGACAUCAACAGCUUCUCCAUCUGCAGCCCUGGCCUCAUUUCACCACUGAGCUUCUCUGAGCGCCACUUUAUCAUCGAUCCCGAGAUCAAACUGGGUUCACUUUAUAACAGCGUCCGAGAUGGUGCCGCAGGGUUUCCGCACUACUCCGCAUCAGUGGGAUCAAGUCCUGCGCUGAACACCAGGAUCAGACUGAAGACCGACAGAGGACAGGCGAUUCACUCCAAAGACAGCAGUCAGGGAUCCUCUAGAAGAUUCUUCAUGUCUGAAAACACUACUGAUGAGAAGGCGGACGCUUCUCGGAGAGAUUACGCAGAUGAGAGUCCCAGCAGUUCUGCAGAGUCACUGAACCAGAGUCUGGACGUCCAGCGCUUUAAGACGGAGCCUCAGAAACAGAACACACCGCAGUUUCAGAAGAUCGGAAGCACAGGACUCAGUCGGAAAGACAGCCUGACGAAAGCACAGCUGUAUGGAACGCUGCUGAACUGAACACUAAAACAUCUUCCCUAAAUCUGUGUGGUUGAAUGUAUUAUACACACAGUGAUGCAGAAAUGAUGCACUUCAGCUUAUGAAGCACCUCCACAACAGAGCAGCUCCUGUGUUUGAAGGGUUCGUUCAUCUACAAAUGAAGGUUCUGUCAAUAAUUAACACAAGUUUAUGAAACUGAAUGUGGAUCGAAUGUAUUAACUGAAGUGUGUAUAAAUCAGCUAUCACUUCCUGAAUCCACGCUCAGUUGGAGGAGGUCGACAUCACACACUCCACUGCUGUUCAUGGAGAGUCAGAGAGCUCCGGCAU